CGUAUUUUUAGCCCACACUUGGACGGCCACAUAACAGCUGGUGUUUUUGUUUUGGGAAUUCUCCACAACGUCGUAGUUGAAAAUGAGCGAUAACAACGUCGCCCCCAAACAAGAGGACGCUUUCAACAUGGAUCACGACCAGGAUCAUAGCAACAAGCUGUACUCACGCUGCAGCAGUGCUGGCAGCACACACACACCCAACUCCUCGGCCCACAAUUCAGACGACGACGAUGAUAGUGGCGGAGAUGCGCGCCACUCGGCGGCAGCCAACUCCACGCUGAGCUACAAGGAGAGGCGAAGGGAAGCUCAUACCCAGGCGGAACAAAAGCGACGGGACGCAAUCAAAAAGGGCUAUGACAGCCUACAAGAGUUAGUGCCGCGCUGCCAGCCCAAUGACUCCUCAGGCUACAAGCUGAGCAAGGCUCUGAUCCUCCAGAAGAGCAUCGAAUACAUUGGCUACCUCAACCAACAGAAGCUCAAGCAGGAGGAAGAGAGUUCGGCAUUACAGAAGGAGGUAACGGCGCUGCGAAUCAUCAAGAAUGGGUACGAGAACAUGCUGCAGCACCAGCAGGCCAAUCCUGGCCCGGAAGAGGAGCGUCUCACAGAUGAGGCCAAAUUUCAAGUGUUUCAGGCAAUUAUGGAGGAAAUGUUUGAAACAUUCCAGCACAUACCCAUGGAUAACUUUAAGCAGCUUACUACUGGCAUUAUACCCUGGUUGGAGGAGCACUGCAAACCGCACAUCCUGCGCAACAUCCUCAGCCGUACCCUUCAGCAGAUGGCACAGGAAGCGCAGGCGAAGCAGCAGCAACAGAUCAUGGAGCAGGAAACCAACGAUGGGUUUAGCUGAUCGCAAGGCUAUUUUAUAAUUUCGUUAGUUAAGAGAUCUAUGUUUGGUAAUUACUUUCAUUGUGUUUACUGCGUACAAAUAUUAAAUGCGUAAUUUGAGUA